AUGACAAGGCGCAAAAUCCGCAUCGUCUGUAUUUCAGAUACCCACAACCAGACACCCAAACUCCCUGCUGGCGAUAUUCUGAUUCACGCCGGGGAUCUCACGAACCAGGGCAGUUAUUCAGAAUUGAAGAAGACAGUGUCCUGGCUGGAAAAGGCAGAUUUCGAGCAUAAGAUCGUGGUUGCUGGCAACCACGACACCACCCUCGACCCCCCCUUCUUCCACAGCGCCGCCAACAAAUGGAAAUGGCCCGCCCCACAAGACCCCACCCUCUGCAAAGCCCUCCUCACAUCCUCCCCUUCCCUAACCUACCUCGAGCACGCCUCUACAGUCCUCUCCAUCGCCUCCUCCACCAGCACACAACCUACCCGCCUCAAAGUCUUCGGCAGUCCGUUUUCCCCCGGCCAUCGCGGCUGGGCCUUCCAGUAUGCAGAUGGGGAAGCGGCGCAGAGGCUGUGGAGCGUAAUUGAGCACGACGUGGAUGUCUUAGUCACGCAUACGCCUGCCCUGGGGCUUUGCGAUUGGGCGGGUGGUGGCGAGAUGGCGGGGUGUGCAGAAUUGAGGAGGGCGGUGGAGAGGGUGAGGCCAUGUUUGCAUGCUUGUGGACAUAUUCAUGCUGGAAGGGGGGUGCAACGCGUGAGAUGGAAGGGUGGUGCGGGGACGGAGAUUCGGCGGGAUACAGCGCCUUUGGUGGAGGGAACAGAGGAAGAUAAUGAUGGGAUUGAUGUGGAGAGUAUGGAGGUCUGGGAUGACCCUGGCAAGGGCAAUAAUAAGAAGCUUUCGCGGGUGGAUUUGACGGGCAAAGCUGGGAGGAAGCUGGAUUGGGGGGUGGUCGGACGCAGGGAGACUUGUGUUGUCAAUGCUGCGAUUUUGGGUGCGAGAGAGAUUGGUGGGUCUGUGGUCGUUGCGAAGCCGAUUGUUGUGGACAUUGAGGUUCCUAUUCCCGAACCUUGUCCACUCCAUCUCCAAAUCCUCAUCUUACCCCCCAAUCUCCCCACCCAUCCCUACCAAUACCGUAGGCCCAAAAUCCAUCUCUUCCCCCGUUUCACAGUUCCUACCCAUCCUCACGCCCUGCUGCCCCGCCUCCUCACUCGUCGCAAACCGAUACGUCCUCCUCUCGCAAAGCCCAAACCUCUUGCCUCUGACCAGAUACUCUGCAAACCCCCUAUGCGUAAUCACAACAAUAUUUCCAUACUCGUUCUGCUCCGCCAGCACCUUCAGUCGCGCUCUCACGCCCUCUGCUCGCGUAGUAGCUCCCCCGAUGGAAUGGGUGGGGUAAUCCCAUUCCUCGUGGCAUUGGCCAAAGUCGAAGUGCGGAAAGGAGGUUCGCAGGGCGGACCGCGAGACGCCGCGGUUGCAGAGCGCGUCGUAGGUUUCACGGAGGUCGGGCCAGAUCUGCACGGGGAUGGUGGUGUUGGCCUGGUUGGGGUCUUCGCGGUCUGGGAGGAGUGCGGGGAAUAUGUUGAGGGCGGUUUGCAGGGUGCGUGUCAUGGGGGAGAUGAGAAUGAGGUCUGGGGUGAAGGGGAUGUGGAUGUUUUUUGUGGCGCCAUGCCCGCGUUUGGUGAGGGGCGGGUCAGGGGAAGGAUAGUCGCGUUGGAUAUUGUGGAGGCUUUCGCCGUGGCGGACUAUGUGGAUUUGUGUUGGCAUCCCUGGUACUCUACUCGGCACGUAUUCAGGGGGUUACCGGUAUUCUGUGGUUGUGAGCUUGCGAGUGGCGCAGUCGUUAGAAUAUGGCGCUCUUUGGUGGAGUCCACCCCGGAGGAUCGUUUUCCCACGCCCAUGACUCGAGCAGUUCCCCGCACCCCACAAAUUCAACAUUUGAUUCGAGGGUUUGGCAAUUCCAUCAACUGGGAUGCCAGUGUAAGAGCGCCACACCUACUUACCUAUGUAGGCAGGACAUACGGAGUAUUGUACGCCACUAAUAUCCUACUUGCCACCGUCUCGAUUCGACUACCCAUCUGA